AUGGCCGCCGUCACGCUCGUUGGCCCACCUGAGAUUUACUCUCUCAAAUCAAACCCUAGCCCCACCACCGCAACUGAAACCACCGUCACCACUGCUGAAACCACCGUCACCACUACUUCCAUAACCACCAACGACGGUUUCAUUGAUCAAAUGGUAGCCGACUUCAAUUCUCUAGCAACUAACCAGCAGCCACCGAUGGGGUUAACCGAGAACAUGUCACCGACAUUUCUCUCAACAGGUAACCCUUGUCUAGACUUUUUCUUCCAUGUUGUCCCCGACACUCCCCCUGAAACACUCAUCGAGAGACUCCAACUUGCAUGGUCCCAUAACCCACUCACCACCCUCAAACUAGUCUGUAAUCUCCGUGGUGUUCGUGGUACCGGAAAAUCCGAUCGCGAAGGCUUCUACGCCGCCGCUCUCUGGUUUCACCAACAUCACCCCAAAACCCUAGCAUCCAAUGUUCCUUCCCUCGCUGACUUUGGUUACUUCAAAGAUCUCCCUGAGAUCCUUUAUCGUCUUCUAGAAGGUUCGCAGAUUCGUAAAACCCUAAAAGAAGAGUGGACUCAAAGGAAAUUUGGAUCCAAAAACAAGCGUUCAUCAGCCCCUUUUGGUGAAAGAAAAACAAAGAAGAAACAAAGCAAAAACAACGACGACGACAACAAAGGCUGGAAAGGUACCGCGAAAGACUCUUUGAUGACUGAAGAGAUGGCGGCCAGAGCUAAGGCUGAGAAAGAAACCGCUCAUGCUUUGAAGGAGGACAAGAGGAUUGCAUUGGCUAAGAAGCUUGUUGAACGAUACAAUCGUGACCCCAAUUUCCGAUCCCUUCACGAUGCUAUCUCUGAUCAUUUUGCUGAUUGCUUGAAGAAAGAUCUCGAGUUUUUGAAAUCUGGGUCGUCCACAAAAAUCAGCCUGGCUGCUAAAUGGUGUCCUUCCGUUGACUCUUCCUUUGAUAAGUCAACCCUUUUGUGUGAGAGUAUCGCAAAGAGGAUCUUCCCUAGGGAGGAGUAUGAAGGUGUGGAGGAGGCUCAUUAUGCUUACAGGGUUCGUGAUCGCUUGAGGAAGGAUGUGUUGGUGCCCUUGAGGAAGGUCUUGGAGUUGCCUGAGGUGUUUAUUGGGGCUAAUCAAUGGAAUUUGCUUCCUUACAAUAGGGUUGCUUCUGUUGCUAUGAAGUUUUAUAAGGAGAAGUUUUUGAAGCAUGAUAAGGAGAGGUUUGAGAAGUACUUGGAGGAUGUGAAAGCUGGGAAGACUACUAUUGCAGCUGGGGCUUUGCUUCCCCAUGAGAUUAUAGAGUCUUUGGAGGAUGGAGAUGGUGGAGAAGUGGCAGAGCUGCAGUGGAAGAGAAUAGUUGACGAUUUGCUCAAGAAAGGAAAGAUGAGUAACUGUAUUGCUGUGUGUGACGUGUCUGGGAGUAUGAGUGGGAUCCCUAUGGAUGUGUCUGUUGCGUUGGGAUUGUUGGUUUCUGAAUUGAGUGAGGAACCUUGGAAGGGGAAGGUUAUUACUUUCAGUGCCGAGCCUCAGCUUCAUUUGAUUCAGGGGGAUAGUCUCAAGUCCAAAACAGAAUUUGUGAUGAACAUGGAUUGGGGGAUGAACACUGAUUUCCAGAAAGUUUUUGAUCGCAUAUUGGACGUCGCAGUAAAUGGGAAACUCAAGGAGGAACAGAUGAUUAAGAGGAUAUUUGUAUUCAGUGACAUGGAGUUUGAUCAAGCAUCUGCAAACUCUUGGGAGACAGAUUACCAAGCAAUCACUAGGAAGUAUAAAGAGAAAGGGUAUGGUUCUUCUGUGCCUCAGAUAGUUUUUUGGAAUCUGAGAGACUCAAGGGCGACCCCUGUGCCAGCUACUCAGAAAGGAGUGGCGCUGGUGAGUGGAUUUUCUAAGAAUCUGCUUACGUUGUUCUUGGAUAAUGAAGGUGAUAUAAGCCCUGUAGAAGCUAUGGAAGUUGCCAUCGCUGGCCCUGAGUACCAGGAACUAGUUGUGCUGGAUUAG